CCGCUGAGCAAAGGAUUUGUGUUUUUUUUUUCCUGUGAUGUUAUUUGUCCUCCGCAACACUAGAGGUUGACAUGCCGUCUCGAGGUGGCGAAGAAGAUAGUCAAAAGUCAAGAUGGCGGCGACUAAACGUGUUCUUUAUGUCGGUGGUCUCGCGGAGGAGGUGGACGAGAAAGUGUUGCACGCUGCGUUCAUUCCCUUUGGUGACAUCACAGAUAUUCAGAUCCCGCUGGAUUAUGAGACAGAGAAGCACAGGGGCUUUGCAUUCAUCGAGUUUGAACUGGCAGAGGAUGCAGCUGCUGCCAUCGAUAACAUGAAUGAGUCGGAGCUGUUCGGAAGAACCAUCCGGGUGAACAUUGCCAAACCCAUGAGAAUUAAAGAGGGUUCCUCUCGACCAGUGUGGUCUGAAGAUGACUGGCUGAAGAAGUUCUCAGGGAAGACUGUUGAGGAGAGCGAGGAGGCGGAGUCAGCCGCAGAAUCAGCCAGUACAAAUACACAGGAGGGAGAACCUCCGGCGAAAAAAGGCAGAAAUAACCCACAGGUCUACAUGGACAUCAAGAUCGGCAACAAACCUGCAGGCCGGCUGCGCUUCCUCCUGCGAGCGGACGUCGUGCCCAUGACUGCAGAAAACUUCCGUUGUUUAUGCACACACGAGAAAGGCUUUGGAUUCAAGGGCAGCAGCUUCCACCGAAUCAUUCCUCAGUUUAUGUGCCAAGGUGGAGAUUUUACCAACCACAACGGCACCGGGGGGAAGUCCAUAUAUGGACACAAGUUUGACGAUGAGAACUUUGUCCUCAAGCACACUGAACCAGGUCAGCUGUCAAUGGCAAACUCUGGUCCCAAUUCUAACGGCUCGCAGUUCUUCAUCACUGUUGAUAAAACAGACUGGCUGGAUGGCAAACAUGUGGUGUUCGGAGAGCUCAUAGAGGGCAUGGAUGUACUCCGGGCCAUGGAGGCUCAGGGAUCAAAAGAUGGCAAAACCAAACAGAAAGUCAUCAUUUCCAACUGUGGAGAGUAUGUGUGAAUUCAACAUAUUGUGUGUGUGUGUGUGUGAGAGAGAGAGUGUUUCUGUUUUAUAAUAAAACAUUAUUCUAUUUCCAAAGAAAACGUUUAUACAUAUUUUCUUACAUUUUUUUUUCCGUUAAAUGGUGGUUUGUAUACAAGUUGUCAUUUUAGGUCAGUAAUUCAAUAACAAUUAUUUUAUUCAUUUUCAAGUCAUAUGUGAUGACAUACAUAUAUUUGUUGGAUUUAAACUGGGCAUCUGCUUCUCAUGUUUGAAUCUCUGCAAUUUGUCCUCGAGUGUAAAAUGUGUUACUGACUCCAUCCUCUAGAUGGCAUUAGUGCUCCAGGAAAUCUUUGCAGCCAUGUCACACUCUAAAGAACAGAGACAUGUUCUGUUUCCUCAGAUCAUAGAGCCGCAUUUACAUACAAAUCAGUAAAACAAACUGUAAAACAGCUACAAUAAUGAACCAGGAAACAAAAGAUCCUUUAUUGUAAACACAGAAACAUUAGUUUGUGAGAUGUUAAACUGACAUAAAGCCACUGAAAAUGUGAAGCCAUCAAGUCAUUUGUUUUAAAAGCAUAUUAGCUUUAUACACAUAAGCAAGCAAUACCACCCAUAUGACCAGUAUUAUAUACACUUUCAUUUAAAUGUUUGAAGAGUUUUCCAAUUACCAGAUUAUUUAAAAACAUCUUUAAAAAACCCUAGAAAUAAGUUGUUAUGGUUUAAAUGUGUAGGGAACCAUUGCAAAGUUGGAGGGAUUGAUGAUUAAUUUAUCAGUGAAUACAUUUUUAAAUGUUUACUGGAAUUGUGUUGUUUGUCCAGGUUCAUUAAACAUGAUUAAAGCACA